CACACCAGCCAACCACAUCUCUCAUCACCCAGCGACACUCAGCAACACCCAUCAAACAUCACACGCAUCAUCAGCAAUGGCUCGUACCAAGCAGACAGCCCGCAAGUCCACUGGUGGCAAGGCCCCACGUAAGCAGCUCGCCUCCAAGGCCGCUCGCAAGUCUGCGCCAUCUACCGGUGGUGUCAAGAAGCCACACAGAUACAAGCCAGGUACCGUCGCUCUCCGUGAGAUCCGUCGCUACCAGAAGUCGACCGAGCUCCUCAUCCGAAAGCUCCCAUUCCAGCGCCUCGUCCGUGAGAUCGCUCAAGACUUCAAGUCCGAUCUCCGCUUCCAGAGCUCUGCCAUCGGCGCUCUCCAAGAGUCCGUCGAGGCCUACCUUGUCUCCCUCUUCGAAGACACCAACCUUUGCGCCAUCCACGCCAAGCGUGUCACCAUCCAGUCCAAGGACAUCCAGCUUGCCCGCCGUCUCCGUGGCGAGCGCUCUUAAGUGAUGUAUCUUUUCCAUCUACCGACACGACUUCAUGAGUAACCACCUCGACCUCUCCGGCACAGUCAGCAUGGGUGACGGGCGGUGGUAACUUGGCUACUUCUUCACAUUGGCGUUUAUGGGGGCUACUAUCAGAUGACUUGGGCAAGUCAAUGGGUGUUUUCAAACGAGAUAUCACGGUGCGCCAGGAGGGCGAGCGGCACUAUCAUGCUAUGUAUCAUAAUGACAAUGGUGCAUGAGAAUUGCAACUGAUCAAUACUUCA